CGUGGUAGGUUAUAUACACGAGGAGAAUAAAUAAUCAUAUACGUCAUAUCUUUAUAGUAUGUAGGGUUUGGUUUCCUCUUCUUAAGUUUCUGUUUCCUUUUUAGAUCGUUUUAGAGUUUUAAAGAGACACGAUUAAUAAGGAGUAACGGAAAAUAUAUAAAUUUAAAUUUUUUCAGAGUUUUCUUAUUUCGUUGAAAGGACUGAGUCUGUUAUGGACAUGGUGAUUACAAAUCUACAACAACAACGUAUGAUCACGGAGCAAUUGCGCCGUGAAGCUGCAAUCAAGCGCAUAAUGGUGAGCAAAGCCAUUGAAGAUAUUAUGAAGUACAUUACUGAACACGAGCAAGAGGAUUGUCUCUUGGUUGGUUUCUCAUCGCAGAAGUCUAAUCCCUUUCGUGAAAAAAGCUCAUGCUCCAUUCUGUAAUAUUCCAUGUUUAUAAUUGAAGUUUUCAAUUGUGUUUAAGCUCUAAUUUCAUUUAAAUUAUUCAUGAAAAUAUUAAAGAUAUCCUAUUUUUAAUAUAACUAAUUGUUUAUAAUAUUGAUUAAUAUGGCUUCUAAAUUAUAUCACAUAUUAUUAUAAAUAAUCAGGAAUUCAUACGCAUAGCUAUAAUAUAUUAAAUUAGAAAAGUGUUGCUUAAAAUGAUAACUUUACAAUAUUUCUUUUUGCCUCAUGUUUACGUACAAAUUUAAAAAAAGAGAAAAUGUUAUAAAUACGUCUGAAACUAUCUAAAUUUUAAUAUAAUAUUUUACAUAUCAACAUUUUCAUGUAAAUAACUUUGAAGAAAAUAUGCAAUUAUAUCAAUGUUACUGCCGUCUUUCAAAAUACAACGAUUUUAUAUAAUAUUGAAAAAUGUUCCAUGCUUGUAACAAUAAGUACAAAUAACUUUGAAGAAAACCUAUAAUGUAUGAGGUUCUAAUGACAAUAAAUCAUUUAUAAGAAAACAUUUCUCUUCUUGUACUUAGAAUAUAAGAUAUGAAAUUUAUUAUGAUGGAUUUUCAAGUUCUUCUAUAAAUGUUUUACAUUUUGAUUUUAAUGUUUUGACUGCUUCUGUAAAUAAUAUACUAGAUGGUAAUGCACCAACAGAUUCUAUAGUAACUGUAAAUAACAAAAUAAUAUAUACAUAAAUGCAACAAAAAUUUUUUACUAAUUUAAGAUAAAUUAAUGAACUCACAAAUAAAAUGAUUUGUUAUUCGACUUAGUUGCACACAAUCCUUUAAAUCAUCAUGACGGAAAACAUUGCGAGAGCAGCUAUCAUAGCGAGCAUUUUUUACCACAGCUUCUCGUGAAUUUGGAUCGCCUUUCUGGCGUUCUACAAUUUCUAUAACACCAGGACUGAAACAACUUUUCAAACGUUGAGCCAUUUCUCCUCUUACAGUUUUUGUUAUUUGAAUAUCUGGUAAUAACCUGUAUGAAGCGGUAGCUAUAUGGAAUAAAAAUAUUUUAACUUUCUA